AUGGCGGAAGAGAAGCCACCGCAACUUAGCAUAGAGCCGGUGUCCAGACCGCUGGAUCUGAUUCCAGUCGUAAUCAAAGAAGCCGCCCUCGAUUCACCCACCUUCCGCGCAACCGCUGUUCAUUACGGCGACCAGAUUGAACUGAUAGAACGAUGGCUCAACUCCUUCGUCACCGCAACUUCCAAGCUUGCUGCAGAAUGCAACAACAUGCAGACCCUCGUAGACACGUACAUACAAACGUCGCAUCCGCCACUGCAGCUUUCCGAAGCCGUCGUCGACCAUGAUUACACCGUCCUAGCCCUGAAGCGAUUCGGAGAGGGUGCACGGGAGUUCUGGAAUGGCACACUGCGCAGCAUGAAAAGGGCUGAGCAGACCAUGUGCGAGCCCAUGAGAGCAUUUGUGUCAAACGACUUGCGCAUGCUGAAGGAAGCGCGUAAGAACUUGGAUUCGACACAGCGCACAUUCGAUGGAGCCAUUGCACGAUAUGCGGGUCAAGUCAAGACAAAAGAGGCGUCGUCGUUGAGAGAAGAUGCCUUUCAAUUGCACGAGGCGCGACGAGCAUACCUCCAAGCCAGCAUGAACUUCUGCGUUAUGGCACCGCAAGUGCGAUUGACGCUGGACAAGGUACUGGUCAAAGUCGUCAACGAGCAAUGGCGCGAUAUGAAGGCAGCAACAGAGGCAUCGAACAAGGGCUUCAACGCGUGGACAUCAGAUGUCGAGCGCGUACGAGGUUGGAGCAAGGAGAUGGAGAACGGCGAGCGUGUCUUCAAGAGAGAGCUGUAUCUAGCACGACAGCAGAUCGAGGGUGCAGCCGAAGUCAGCGCAAGGCCGUCGCGAGACCUGGACACAUACGCCGCUUCGACCGUUCCCUAUCUCGGCACUGCGCCUUCGUCCGCGAACCUGCAAUCUCCAGCAAAGCCUGAAUUCGGGAACGAGAAGGCAGAAAAACAGGGCUGGCUGUUCCAGCGCACAAUCACCGGCAAGCCGGCCAGGACAUACUGGGUCAGACGUUGGUUCUUCGUCAAGAAUGGCAUCUUCGGCUGGUUAACGCAAGGAACACGGUCCGGUGCUGUCGAAGAAUCAGAGAAGAUUGGUGUGCUGCUAUGCGGUAUCCGACCUGCAUUUGCCGAGGAGCGACGCUUUUGCUUCGAGGUCAAAACGAAAGACACUACCAUCCUUCUCCAAGCCGAGACGCAGAACGACAUCACCGAGUGGAUCUCUUCCUUUGAGGUCGCCAAGCGCAAAGCCCUCGAAGAUACAUCCAAGGAUCUGUCAGGCGCCGCGUCUGUUGACGCUGCUUUCUCUAUAAGCCCUCCCAUAGCUCCCGAGUUUGCUGCAAAGACCUCCGAGGGACACGCUGGCCACCCGGGUGAAGACACCGUCCCCAUGGACCGUGCCGAAACGCUCGGCAUUCCUGGUGGUGAUAGCAAUGCGACACGCGGUAGUUUCGACGUGUCGUCUCGACGUGGCACUACGACCGAAGGUGAUAGCAGCCGCCGCGAUCACACUGCUAGGAUCAUGGAGAAGCUUGACUUGACACGGAAAUCAACAGUAAGCCCUCAGUUGAGUGGAAGCAACCCCUCUUCCGCCAGCGGUGGCAUUGCUAGUCUUAUCUCCGCGAGUCUUGCUUCAGCUAGUCAUAACAUUGUACAGGUCGGUCAGAUUGCCGCUCCUGCGCCUGGACUCCCUGAUACUCGACUGGUAAUGGGACAGACGCUUCCUUACACGAGUCUCGCUCCUUCCACUCUUGCAAGCCCACCAGCCCCGACGAAUCUCAGCAAAGCUGCUGUCGCUGUAAGCGGAGAGCGAGGUCUUGGGACGGGUCGUUCGGGUAACAUGCCUGGUGGACUCAUGGCCAACCUGUGGGGCUCAGUCAACUGGGGAUAUGUCAACGUUCUUGGGCGUGAAGAAGAGACCAACACCCGUGAUCGGAGCCAGUCUGGACCGCCAAGCCCUAUCAAUCCGUCUCCAGUCAUUGGGCCCGACGAUGAGAAGAAUGAGACUAGGGCAGCGCCUACUGUCCCAACUAGCGCCGUUCAUCGCAAGUCAAGUAGUAUGGGCGGACCCAUCCCGACGCUCAACAAGACUAGUGCUGAAGAGAUUGAAUUCCCAGACUACUACCCUCUCGCUUUGCGGAUGCAAGAUGCACAGUUCCGUAUAAUUUUUCCUACCGUGCCACGGGCGGAGAAGGUUGUACUAGUGUUCCGUGCGGUAUGGAAUCCGACAGAGCAGCAAGAGUUCCCCGGGCGUGUGUACGUUACGACUAAGAAUGUCUACUUUUACAGCAACCACCUUGGUCUUGUGCUCAUUACUGGAAUAAGUAUGGCUUCUAUUGAUGAAGUCACCGCUGCACCCGGCAAGGACUGCGACUUUCUUUUCCUCCACUUCAAAUCGGGUUCCAGAGAAGAUGGUGCGACUAGGCUUACUGUCAAGACAUUUCUCGAGCCUCUCAAACUGCUUCUGCUUCGCUUGAACUUCCUUGUACGCAAUACUGCGUCUAGAGAGUACAACCUGGAAGAAACUAUCAAGGGGAUGAUCAAGAUGGAGACGGAUGAGAGUCUUAAUUCCGCGGGUGAGGAGGGCUGGGAGGAAAUGUCCCCCGACACACCUAUUGAUCCAAAUUCAUAUGGUGGGAAGAACAUCAAAGCCAGUCUCCGCAUCGAUGGCAAUCUAUUCGGACCAUCGGGUGCAAGUGCUGGAAAGAAUGCCACCAAAUUCAAACUUCCGUCGCAAGCUGUCGUCUUCGCUCCCGCUGGCAUGACGCAGGUUGCUGUGGAGAAGGAGUAUGACAUUAGUGCAAAGGGACUAUUUCAUAUCCUCUUCGGCGACAAAAGCGCUGUAUUCCAGUUGCUAUAUCGGGAACGGAGAGCAUCCCGCAUUGUCCAAGGACCUUGGAUCACGAGCGACAAGAACCUCCAACGGAGAGAUUUCGAGUACGAAAUUACGCAGCCCGGUAAGAACGGAGCUGUUGUGAUAAAUGACUACCAAGUCAUCGAAGUUCUGAACGACCAUCUUUGUUAUGUGGUAUCCGAUCGCAAGACGCCUUGGUACCUGCCAGGCCAUGAGCGGUUUGUACUUCUCAGCAAGACUGUCAUCACACAUGUGUCGAAAGCGCGGUGCAAACUUGCUAUCCACACAAAGGUAGACUGGAAGCGCAACCCACGUUUUGCGAAGAAGCUCAUCGAACGUCAAGCAUUGCAAGACUUGGAGCUUGAAGCGCAGGAUCUUGUUGAUGUCGUCAAUGAUCAAGUUGCAAGGCUCGGUCACAACAAAAGUACCAACAAGGUUACGGGCAUCUUUGGUCAGAUUGGGACUCAGACACAAGCUGUACAGCUCGAUGCACAGGACAUCCCACCACCAAACCGACCACGGAAGUUCAAGCUGCGACCGCAAACAACAGCUUCUUUUGUCGCGCAAUACAUAGGCAACAUCGUCAUCAGCGUACUGUCAACAGUUAUGAGUUGGAUACUAGCGAUUGGCGCUGGGCUCGGCAAAGUCAUUUCGGCACAUUCCCUGCUCUUUGGUCUUCUACUAAUCAGUGGUGGAGCCAACUUCUUCUACACCUCAAGGGAUAGUUGGAGCUGGUGGCAUGAGCGAAAUGCGGCAAACUACAUGUCACGACUGGGUGUCAAACCAUCCAUUACGAUGACCCGUUCAAUAUACAUUCGCGAUAUAGAAGAAUCGUUUUUGAGCAAGAACGGCACCAGCCUUGAGCUGUCAGUGCCAGUCGCGGCCAGCACCGAUAACAAAUGUCAUCAGACAUUCACAACCCUCCUCCACGACCCCUCAUCAACAAUUUCAACUCAGUCCUACUUCAGACCCUCUACGCAUAGCACCCAGCGUCUCCACCGCACACGGCAGAACCUCGGCUCGCAUCGUCAUGACCUACUCGUUGCUUUACGGGUGGUUAAUCGGAUUGAGAAAGAGGUAGUGGAAGCGGAAUACGAAAACUGGUUGCUGGACGAGACACACAAAUGUAGCAAGGUUGGAAAGCUCUUGGAGAGCGCAGCCAAGAAGGGGAAAGAGAAGCAAGUGGAGGAUUGGGUUAAGGGAUAUUGCGGCGACUGUCAGAAGAGCCUGAGGGUGGUUGAGGAGAGCCGGAAGGGUCUGGUUUGA